AGCAGAGCUCCAAGCAUGGCGUCAGCUGAGAUCUUCACCCUCUUGAGAGCAGGUCGCUUCAUCUUACCCUUCAGCUCAAAGAUCUUCUGAGACAGAUUUUCAAUCUGCAGGAAACAAAUAACAAAGCUGGGCCUUUUAACACCCUUCAGGUCAAUGAUCUUCUGAUUCAGACUCUGGAUCUGGGCAACAAACAUUACAGUUGAAGAAAAAACUACAACAGCCAGCUUAGUAAAUAUGGGUGUCGUCUUCUCUGAGGAUUCUGGGCAGCAGCCUGGACUGCAGACAACCGGGUCUUGACCACUGCAAAAUUAGUAAGUAUCUUAUCUGUCAAAUCUGAAUAAAUUCCACAGACUUACUUUACAGAUAGAGAGGAAUUCAAUCAAUGUGUUCAACAUGGUAGUAUUUUGUGCAAAUAGUCUGCUUCUUUGCAUUUGACUUUUUUUUUCUAACUCAAUAGAGAUUUGGUGUUCUUCUAAGCAAGGUUAAAGUGAUGUGUGUGUGAUUCAUCUUCACAUAUACGUAAACAGCAAUGGACUGAAUGAUUGUUUUACUUGAAUAAAAAUAGAAAAAUGUUAACUUGAGGAUGUAGCUAAACAUCCAAAAGUAAAAUGACUUCUUGUGCCUCAUCUUAUCGUAUAUUAUAUUACUGGACUAUAUUGGAUGCACUAAUGCUGUAGCUGGUUAAGGUGGGUAAUUUUAAUUGCUUUAUAUGCAUAAUCUAUAACAUGUAUCGAAAAUAAUGUUUUUCUUCUAUUAAUAAUCUGAAUCUGCCAAGUAAGUGUUGAAUUUAUCAGAUAAAUGUAGCAGAUUAAACGUAUUUAAAUAAAAGUAGUAAAGUAAAUACCAUGAAAUAGAAAUACCAAGUGUAAGAAUGUGAAAAAUAUGCUUUCGUACAAGACUCGGAUUAAUAUUGUUUACUUUCCGCCACUGCAGCUCAAUGGUAUAUAUCCAUGAAAUGUAUCUCAAACAUAAUAUAGAAACGGUUCCCUAAAUGUCAGAUAACUGCUCAGAACAGCCCAUGGUCGCACGUAUAGAAGAUGCUCCUAGCGGCCCAGAGUGGGAUCCUGAACACGAGGAAGUUGGAAUGGACAGACAUGGGCUGGUUCCUGUCAUGAAUGUGACAUGGAGAAUAAAGGCUGAUGCAUCCAUCAGGACUCUUCGGGGAUCAGAGUUAAACAUUGUGGAAGAAAGUACAAAUCAAAGAGUGUGUAUGCAGUUUUCUUACAGGAUUAAAAACUUGCUGACUCCAAACUACAGUAGGUGGACAUUUUCCUUGAAUGAAGUUGUGGUAGAGCCUGGAUACACAUAUAUGGUGUCAGUUUUCAAUUUGCCACAGCCUGAGAUUGGAGAAUACAUGAUCAGAAAGCGAAUUACCAUCCCAGGAUGUGGUAACAAAAGAAUCCAAAAGGUCCAAUUGUGUCAGGAAAAUGGUAGUCUGUGGGAUUCAAACAUACCUGUGGCUGUGUUAGUCAAUCGGAAACCUAAAAUGUUAUCCAUUUUUGUGGGGUUUAACGCAACACAGUAUUCAGAGAGAUAUCAAGUUUCCAUCCAGAGCGGCGGUUUCUUUCGCUCAAAGAAUGUCUCGAAGGAAAACAGAACAUCACUGAAUGUGACAUUUGAGUUUGGUUUGUGGCAGCUCUCACAAUGUGAAAUGUCUGUAACGAUUCAGGCAUUUUUUAUACGAUGCAAAAAUGAGUGUUGGAGUCGCAAGAAAACAAUUUAUUACUGCCCAUAUUAUCCUCUGCAGACUUUGAUUUUAGGGGCCGCUUUGGGGCUGCUCGUCAUUGGUAGUUGUCUUUCCUUUUUACUGUGGAGAACAUUUCAUAAAGAUCCUCCGAACACAUCUUCACCUGCUGACAAGGACCAACCAGAAAUUUUUCAGCUGCAACAGAGGAAACGUGUUCUCAUCAUCUACUCCCUCGACCACCCUUUGUACAAAAACAUCAUUCUCAAGCUUUGUGCCUUCCUGGCAACCAAAUGUGGUACUGAAGUGGUCCUGGAUCUGCUGGAUUCUACCAGACUGGGAGUGCUGGGAAGCAUCCAGUGGUUGGAGUGGCACAAAGAGCAGAUAGAAAACUCUUCAGAUAAGAUAUUGAUCCUGUGCUCACGUGGAGUACAAGCCAAAUGGAGAGCAAUGUGUGGCGACAAGCAGGUUUUCAUGAGACAGGAUGCCUGCUCACUUGUAGGGGACAUGCUCACUCCCUCCCUCAGCCUCUUGGUCCCCCAUUUUAUCCGAUCUACAUCAUUUAAGAAGUACAUUGUGGCUUACUUUGAUGAUGUUUGUUCUGAAGACGACAUCCCUUCCCCUUUCAACGUUACAGUACGAUACAAACUAAUGAAACAAUUUGAGGAGGUCUUUUUCAGAAUCCUGGACACAGAAAAACAUGAACCAGGCAGAAUGAAACAAAUUGAAGGACUUUCAGAGGACAAAUACCAUCAGUGCCCCUCCGGUAGAGCCCUGUGUGACGCUAUACAGGCCUUCCAUGCAUACCAACAGGAACAUCCACGUUGGUUUGAAGAUGAACUGAUGGAAAGCUCAGAGUUGGAGGUUGAGGAGAACUCGGAUGAAAUUUAUAGAAGCGCAAACCUCACAACAUAUUAUGUGCAUGACUCGUGAGGAUACUAGAAAAUGGUUUUACUACACAUAAAACCAGACUUUACAUGGCUGACCAGCUUCAAAAGUGAUUUUCAUUUGAGUUCAGCCUUCCUGUUGUUGAGGACAUGCAACUGGUUUGAUGUGGAGAUGUUCAUGAAGAAGAUCCAGUUUCCAACUGUGUGAGGAAAAUGUCAAGUAAAGUCCAUCAUUAGUUGUUAAAUGUGGAAUGGAAACAGAAAGCUCACCUUCUACCCAUGAAAAAAAAAUAUGCCUGCACAUUUUUUAUGCCAACAUGCUUUUAAAUUGUUUAUUUAUGUUGUAGAAAUGUGUUUGCCUCAGCUGUGAAACAUUUUUGCACAGUGCGUUGAUAAAAUGAUCUUUUGCCAGGAGACAAUUCCAGAAAAGUUUAAACUUUCGAGAUCUGUCGCUGAUGCUUCUGGGCUGUGUAAACAGUGCACGGGUCAAAGUUCAGCCUUCUGGCCAAAGUUUGUAGCAUUUUUGUUGCAGUGAAAAGGGUAAGUACUGAGCUGUUUUUGGAGACACUUUUUUAUUAUGAACUGACUGAAUAUAUUGUGCUGUGGACCUUUUGAUAUCUCAAAGCAGGAAGACUGCGAGAAAAUGUGUUCUCAUUCCUUUUGUGUCGCAUGAUUAUUGUUAAAAUAUGUUAAUAUUUAUACACUCAAGAUAUACUUUCAAACCAUUUUUAAUGUAACAGGUUUUCAGAUUUUUCACUUUUAAGUGUGUUUGUAUUUGUCAGUGUGGGCUGACGCAUCUCGAAUUCUCUCACUAGCUUUUCUUUACAUUUUACAAUAAAAGAACCAUUAUACCAUGCAA